CCGGUGAAACACCACAUUUGUGGGACUGUCCUCGAAGAAAAUGACUUCGAUGAAAAAGUUGUCUGGCUUUCCAUCGCUUGAUAGAAGUGAAAUGCUGGUUCCAUCUGAGAGACGUGGACAGCUUUGGCGAUGGUUUAUUGCUGGAACUCUGCUCAACCUGUGCAUCACCGCUGCAUUGGUUGCCUUGACGGCGUUCUACUUCAGCACGGAGUUGCAGUCCGUCAGGGUCCAGAUGGAAUCUCACGGAGAGCGUCUGGCGUUAUUGGAGAGAGUUCCUCUACCAACAAGCCAAAAAGAAAAUGAAAUGCCGGGCGCCCUCAAUGAGCUCUUGUCGAGACAGAGAAGAGGUCUGGAGAGACCCAAGUCCAUGGACUACCCGUUCAAUGUCGAGAACAACGCUUCGUCGGUGUUCUUACACCAGAAGUUUGCUGCAGAGGAUCGACCACUCAUGACAAGACCUUGUCGAGACGGACGGGAUGGAAGAGAUGGUAUGGAUGGACGGGAGGGCCGGCAAGGAGCUCAGGGAGAGAAGGGGAGUCCUGGUGAGGCAGGCCUGCAGGGAGAAGCCGGACCACGGGGCAUGAAAGGAGACCCCGGUGACAUUGGUUCCCCCGACUCUAGCACCAAUCCAGCAGGGGGACCUACUUACAUCCGAUGGGGGCGCACUACUUGUCCUGAACAUGAAGGCACUGAGUUUGUGUAUCAAGGAUUUGGAUCCGGAGCAGCUUCCACACAUAAGGGUGGAUCUUCCGACUUCUUGUGCAUUCCUGUUAUUCCGGAUUGGGCUGAUACUUUCAACGAUGCAGGAAACUCCCACUCCUAUCUUUAUGGGAUGGAGUACGAAGUAGCAUCAUUUGACCCAUUCUCACACGAAAAUGCCGAGUUUAUCGACCAGCGUGACGUACCGUGUGCAGUGUGCCGUCUCACAAACCGUGGAACACAUCUUCUGAUUCCGGCUAAGAGAGAAUGCCCCCAGAACUGGACCCAAGAAUACCAAGGCUUCCUCAUGUCCGGACUCUACUCAACUGAGCAGCGCAGCCAGGCUGUGUGUGUAGAUGAAGCACCCGAGGUUAUCCCCAGUAGUCAAGCCAGUAGCACUGGGGCGCUGCUUUACAUCAUGGAAAUUCAGUGUGGCUCAAUCCCAUGUCCCCCAUACGUACAAUAUCGUGAAGUGACGUGCACCGUCUGCAGUGUGUAGAACUAUUGCAGUUACUUUAUAUUGUUCUACUUCCUCGCUGAUUGCUAUCUAUAAAGGAAUAAUUUACUCGAUAUGUAUUUUAGUCGGUUUGUUUCUUUCACCUGGCAGUGCUGUUUCGUCGUCCUCCUCCCAUGCAGGAGGAUGCCGUAUAUAAAGAGUAAUUUGUCCCUAUCGUAAUGACAAGAAUCCAAAUAAACAAAUUAUUUCAAGCUGAAUGCGCCCUACAAAAGUCCUGCCUGUAUAAAUCCGUCUAAUGCCAUAGUCCAGAAAUAGUUGUCAAAGACCCGACAGCAGUGCUUAUCUUAUAUGCAGCAUUCGGAAUAAAGCAGGACGCAACUGACAACAAUAUUAUAUAUCGCAAGUUUUCUUUGAUGGUUCACGUGAUUUUUGAAAAUGUGUUGUUCUCUACCCUCUCUUUUGGCAGGUUUAUUCGUAUGUUGGUGGGUAUCAUAUAAUUUUCGAAUCAAUGAAUACAUCAUCAAAGGACUCGGGAAAGUACUGAGUAUUUGCAGUGCUAACACACAUCGGUGUAUGGGUAAAAAGCCAAAUAAUUCAUAUUCUUUAUAUAUCCCCGAUGCAAAUGUGAACAUCUAUCAUAUAUGAUGAAUACAUUGUUUGAAACAAACCAUGAUAGUGGGCUUAUCCAUUAGUUCAUUGUAUAACAUGGAUACAUCAUAAGCAUAACCUAAAAGGAAAAUGUUCCCGUCCGUCAACCGACUAAAAAUAUUGCGAUCGUAGCACUGCAACCUAUUUUUUAAGGCAGAAAACAUUUCCUGAAACACACACAAGUUUAUUUUUAUAAACAGUCCCCAAACCCGAAAGUUAGACAGUCUAACGGCGAAGUUGAUUUACAAAGGGCGACAAAGGGCAAAUGGGGCGUGUUUUUUGGGACACAUUAUUGCCAUUCAGCCAGGAGGAUGAUGGGUAGUCAAAGACAUUUGGCGAGCUGCAGGGGGUGGGGGGAUCCCGAACGCGAUGUCAUGCCAAAAAAUGUUCGCUGUCAAACUGAGGCAGUUUGGCACGUCCUUUGCCAGAUAGUGUCCGUAAACACAUUCAAACAGGGAACCUAAAACAAAAAAGUACACUUAUAGGUUCAAGGUUCGGGAAAGGUCCGCUGUUGGCGUGUACAAAACUAACGGGAGCUAGUGCAGAAAAGUUUUAGAGAGGCGAUAGAAGGUCCGCGGUUGUUGGCGCAUCCUGUCAUGGCCUCGUAUAAGCUUUGGACUCCUAUAGAUGUUCUGUGGUUCAAUAUGACACGCACUUAUAUCCCCCUUUUAUUUGGGGGGGGGGGGGGCAGUAUGAAGAUAAUUUAAUUCUUUAAUUCUAACUCAAGUUUGUAAUCUCCAACUUUUUGCGUGGUUGGCUGUGGUAAGUGUUUAAUUUCGUCCAUUUUGUCCGUUUAUGUAGGGCGUAUUUUUUCACUGUAAUGUAUUUCAUUAUGCCAAGUAUUAAUUUUGUAUAUUUUUUAUUUUGUUGUCUUUUUGUAUAUGAGAGCCACAGAUGAUCAGUUAUGCUGGAUGGGUCACCCUCGUUAAAUAUUGUUGUUUUAACUUAAAACAAACACAUGCACAUAAUUUGACAGCCUAUCACAUACCGGGCACUCACGAAAAUUGGCAUAAUUGUAUCACAAUUCACAGUGCACAAUAAUUAUUGUUAUUGCCGAGUUUUAAAAUUCUGAUUUUGCCAAAGCUUUAUCGUUUACGUAAAGGGGUGAACUAAUUCUGAAGCAUCAUAUCUUAUAAUAUAUGGGGGUGCUUUGUUGAGUAAAAAAGCACCCCGCAUUCCCGCGGACUUGAAGUAUGUAUGUGUCUAAUGAAUUCAAAGUCACAAUGAAUAUUAUUUAUAAAGCAAUCUUUAGGGAUUUGGGGGGACUUUACCGUGAGUUUUGUUCCGCGGCAAAAACAUAGGCGUUGUGAAAUUUAUUGCCCCCGGUUAAACAAUAUUAUAUAAGUUGCCUCUUUAUUGCUUUACAUGAAACAUUCUUUCCAUUGUCAAAGUUAAUCGAACCUUGACCAACUUGAGCUGGUGUAUGAACAGGACAUUUAGUGUUUUGUUCUGACAUUUUCUUGCCGUUAAAUGACUUUUCCCAUAACGUCCUUUGUUUGAUUUGUGUGUUUUUUCCUGUUACCCGGAUCAUAUUUCAAUGCAUGUCUCAACUUAUUAAAGGUAUAUCCAUGGUAUAACCAAAAUAAAUAAAGUGAAAUAAAAUAGACUCAUUUAUUUGUAUAAAA